AUGUCUCGCGCUCAGGUCCAGAAGGCUCCCGGUGGUGGCUGUGUUGUCAUGAAGGCCCCCGGUGGUGGCUGCGUUGUCAUGAAGGCCCCUGGCGGCGGUUGCGUUGUCAUGAAGGCCCCUGGCGGUGGCUGCGUCGUUAUGAAGGCUCCUGGUGGCGGCUGUGUCGUCAUGAAGGCUGCUGAGUUCUAA